UCCUUUUCCCUUUAGCCCAACAAAUGAUUCAAAGAUUCGACCGGACCGAUCGCCGGAUUCUUGAUUUACCGGCGGUCCAUCCCUGCGAGGGAAUAUCUCCGGCGACCCUUCUCGAAUCCCUAAUCAAACUUUCCCACACAAUCAUAUCCAAUUACCAAUCAAAAUCCUUCCCCACACAGAGAAAAAACGCCCGCGAAACAAUCCGACAAAUUUCGAUUUUAUCAAUAUUUUUCGAGGAGAUUAAGGAACAGAUUCCGGAAAUAUCGGAUUCAAUCGCGCUCUGCUUGUCGGAGCUCCACAUCACCUUCCAAAAGAUCCGUUUCCUGCUGGAGGAUUGCAGCCGAGAAGGCGCGAAAGCCCUAAUCCUGAUGAAAUCGAAUUCGGUUUCGACCCAUUUCCAAACCCUAACUCGGGUCAUCGCAACCACACUGGAUAUUCUCCUCCCUCUGAACUCGAUCGGAAUCUCGCCGGAAAUUACGGAGCUGGUGCAGAUGCUGUCCACGCAAGCAAGGCGGCCGGGGUUAAUGGACACCGACCCGCGAGACGAAGCCGCGUUGAGGGGAGUGAUUCUAGUCCUGAACCAGUUCGAGAACCGGUUCGAACCCGACCCGUUUACGACCCGGAGAAUCUUGGCACAUUUAGGCAUCAGAACGUGGUCGGAGUGUCGUAAAGAGACCCGGUUCUUGGACGAACGGAUACGGGCCGAGCCCGACGAGAGAGAGGUUCCGUUGUUGAGCGGUUUGCUCGGGUUUCUCAGCUACUGCAGAGGGGUUUUAUUCGAUGACUGCGAUUUUAAUGAUCACAAUUCGGAUGGGAGAAGUGAUCGCGGUUUCGAAGCGAUUAGUUUCUUGAGUUUCGAGGAUUUUCGAUGCCCGAUUUCGCUCGAGUUAAUGACCGAUCCGGUGACUGUGUCGACCGGGCAGACGUACGACCGUGUCUCGAUUCAGAAAUGGCUGAAACAGGGGAGUUUGCUCUGUCCUAAAACGGGGGAAAAGCUCAAAACCGCGGAUUUAAUCCCGAACACGAAUCUUAAGAAGCUAAUUCAACGAUUCUGCACCGAGUACGGCGUCUCGAUUGCGAAGUCGAGGAAGAAAAAUCGGGAUUUAUCGAGCACAAUUCUGCCCGGGAGUCCGGCGAAUGCGGAAGCUAUCAAAUUCCUGUCGGAAUAUCUCGUUUUGAGCUUAGGUUACGGUACGGAUCAUCAAAAGAAUAAAGCAGCCUACGAAAUUCGAUUGCUCGCGAAAUCGAAUAUUUUUAACCGGGCCCGUUUGAUCGAAUCGGGCUCGGUCCCACCACUACUCGAAAUGUGUAACAAUCCGAUGUUGCAAGAAAACGCGGUUUCUGCCUUGCUGAAGCUGUCGAAGCAGCCGAGCGGACAAACAUCGAUACUCGAAAACAGUGGAUUGAAUCCGAUAAUCGAAGUGCUUAAAAACGGGGUUAGUCAAGAAUCCCGACAAACUGCAGCUGCCGUUAUAUUUUACCUAUCUUCGGUGCACAAAUACCGUAGAAUAAUCGGCGAACACGAUGGAAUAUUCCCUUCCUUGUUGGAGGUAGUGAAAAACGGGACGGCUUGCGGGAAGAAAAAUUCGGUGGUCGCAAUUUUCGCGCUACUUUUCCACCACAAGAAUCGGACUAGGGCAAUCGAAGCAGGUGCGGUGUCGACACUAUUGAACCUUCUAGAAGCUUCUCCCGAUAAACCCGAGCUGCAGACGGAUGCUUUGGCGGUUCUAUCCGCAUUGGCCGAUUCAGUUGACGGAUCGGUCGAAAUAGUACGCGCUUCCUCUUCGGAUUUAUCUUUGAUCUUGAGAUGCUUGCAAAAUGUGGAAACGCGUGCCGGAAAAGAAUAUUCCGUUUCGAUUCUUCAUUCUUUGUGCCUCAAUUGCGGGGACGAUGUUCUCGACGUGCUAUCGAAGGAAGCCUCGCUUAUGUCGGUGCUGUAUUCGCUUCUGACCGAAGGCACUUCGCACGCCGGUAGAAAAGCGCGGUCGCUUAUUAAGAUACUGCAGAAGUUUUGCGAGACGAGAUUGUCUAGUAUGAUCGGGGAGGUCGGGCGCGAACAACGAUUUGUCAAUGUUCGGUGAAUUUUGCGAAAAAAAACCCGUUAAAGAUUCGAUUUCGUGUUUUACGCGAAUAUUCGAUUGUUUUGUUGUGUAGUGUAUGUAUAGAUAGGUUGAUUGAUUUGUUGAGGUGGUUAGCUCGAAUUUUUUUGAGAGCUAAUUAGUACCUAUGUAGAGAUACAGAUAUGUGUAUGUAUCAAAUUCUUUUGCUGUAAUGAAUAUUGAAUACAGUGUGAGA